GUUCUCGAUUUAUUGUCAGCUGCCUAGCAUUGGAAGCUUAGGGCGGCCAGGCCACAUUGUUUGUGCCGAGCACAGAUCUCCAGAUAUCUGACGAGCACCUCUGGCUUCCACGAUUAAGCUCUGCAAGGAGAAAGCAAGCUAGCUCGGGAGCUAUGGCGAUCAAUCCUGGGUUGCUCACGCACUGGCCAUGGGAGAGGCUUGGAAGCUUCAAGUAUCUCCUCUACUUGCCUCUGGUGGCCAAUGCAGUGCGAAGCGCGAUGACCCCGGAGGGCCGCUCGAGGGACAACUUUAGCCUCCAUAUCCUCGUGCUCGCGGCGCUGCGCUAUAUCCAGGGCCAGCUAUGGAUCACGGUCACCAGCGUCCACGACAUAGUCAAGAAGCACCAGGUCCAGACCAAGGGGAUGAAGUUCGAUCAGCUGGACAGGGAAAGAGAUUGGGAGGAUUUCAUACUGCUCCAGGCGCUGAUGUUGCUCGCGUACCAGUUCUCGCCACUGUGCUUGCCGAACCAUGCCGUGUGGGAUUGGAGGGGUUUGGUCAUCACCAUCCUCUGGCACCUGGGACCCGUGGAGUUCCUCUAUUACUGGUUCCAUCGCGCCCUCCACCACCAUUCUCUCUACCGCCGCUACCAUUCCCACCACCAUCUCUCCUUUGUCACCCAGGCCGUGACUGGCAACGUCCAUCCUUUUGCCGAGCACCUGAGCUACGCGGUCCUCUUUGGCUCCACGCUCAUUGUCAACCUCUUCCUUGGCACCGCCUCGCUCGCCCUCAUCUACUCCUACAUGCUGUGGUUUGAUUUCAUGAACUACAUUGGCCAUUGCAACUGGGAGUUCAUGCCAUCCUGGAUGUUUCAAGCUCUUCCUCUGCUCAAGUACCUCGUCUACACUCCAUCGUUCCAUUCUCUCCAUCACACGCAGGUCCACACAAAUUUCUGCCUCUUCGUUCCCCUAUACGACUACAUUUAUGGGACCGUAGACAAGACAAGCGAUCAGCUCCAUCUUGCAGCUCGUCAAGGCAGGACGGAGUUGGUGGAUUUCGUGUUCUUAACGCACCCGACUGACCCCUUAUCGGUCUUCCACUUGUCGUUUGGGAUACCAUCUUUUGCAGCGCAGCCGUAUUGCAGGAAGUGGUACAUUUGGCUCCUGUAUCCUCUGGCGCUCCCCGCUAUGCUGUUGCUGUGGGCGUUUGGGAGCCCGUUCACUGUUGAGGAGCACACCGUCGACAAGGUUCUCGCGCAGACAUGGGCGAUCCCGAGGUUUAGCUUUCACUUUGGAAUGACGUCUGAGAUCGGAAGCUUGAAUGCGCUCAUCGAGCGCGCCAUCCUGGCCGCACAGGACAAAGGAGCCAAGUUCAUAUGCCUGGGAAUACACAACAAGGACGAGCAUUUGAAUGCGAGUGGAGCACUGUUUCUGAAAAACCACCCCGGCCUCAGCAUCAAGGUGGUGGACGGAAGCACGCUAACCAGCGCCAUUGUUCUUGACAAGCUUCCAAAAGAUGCUAGCGAGGUUUUCCUGGUCGGAGUCGAGCACAAAGUUGGCCGUGCCAUCGCCAAUUAUCUCUGCCGCCACCGCGCCACUGAAGUGACGGUUCUGGCUAAAUCCUCGUCCUAUGCCUUUGAGUCGCUUAAAAAAUCGGUCCCGCAAGAAUCCCAGCACAAGCUCGUCGCAGUUGAGUCACUCGAGCACGGGAAGCACUGCAAAGCCUGGAUCGUUGGAGAGCCCCUGCGAGCGAUGGAGCAGCUCCACGCUCCUUCUGGAGCUUGUUUCUAUCAAUUCACCGAGGAGGCUAUGGAGGAAACCCGUCCUGAUUGCUCGUACGCCAAGCUUCCAGCAAUGCGCCUGCCUCCCGAGUAUAAAGGAAUCCGAGCUUGCGAGGUGAGAGUCUCUCCGUUUUCACUUGCUGGUGGUGCUCAUCGUCUUCUUUGUCCUGGCAGGGAAGCAUGCCGAGAGGAGUCGUCCAGGCAAGUCACGCGGGAGGAAUCCUGGCGACCAUGGAAAACUGGAACCAUCACGAGGUUGGCAACACGAUUGACGUGGACAAGAUUGAUGCCGUGAUGAGAGCGGCUGUGAAUCGUGGCUUCGUCCCCUACUAUUAAGUUUGGAAUAAUUUCUUCCAAGUCUUGCAAUAACUUAAAACUGACCAGUUCCAGCCAUUGUCCACUUCUGCCACUGCAGCUCUCGUAUCUUGUCCUCUAACAGCAACUUCUGAGCUUCCAUCUUCCGGAUUUCUUCCUGUUAUCCAGCAUUAGCAACCAUUGUUAUAUGAGAGAAGAGUAUUUAUCUUUCACCUUG